AACUAAUUACCAAAACAAAAACUAAUUAAAAAAAAUACCAAAAAACUUUAUUAAAAAGAAAAAAAGUUGAACCGUGUUGAUCACGCCCUAGGACCCAAGUAGUGUGAUUUGCUUCGUUUUGUGGAUGUAAAAGCAAAUCAACGCAAGCAUACAAUUGUUUUGACUUGAAAAAGUCCAACCAAAAGCUCUCAGUCACCGCCUCUUCGCCUCCCUCUCUCCCUUUCUCCACUCCCACUCCAACUCCAACUCCACCUCCUUUUUUUUUUUUCUUUUUUUUCUUAGUUGACCGACUUCACUCUCCCUCACCAACUCUUCCCAAAACUCAUAUAUAAAUACCACAUCUCUCUUCUUCACUCUCCACCAAUAUCCCAAAACAAAAAAAACCCAAAAAAAAAAAAAACACCACCCAAUAUUUCACCAAAUUGAGCUCUCUCUCUGAAGCACACACCUUUUUCUUGCCCACUCAAACCAGUCUACAUCUUUCUCUCUCGGCCAUCGUAUUAUUUCAGGCACGCCAAACAUGGCCUUGGAGGCUUUGAAAUCCCCCAGCACCCCUUCCCCUCCCUUCUCAUCUUUUGAGGAAGUGGAGGAUCGCCACCUCAACCAGUCCCAGGAGCCAUGGGCCAAGAGGAAGCGCUCUAAGCGGCCACGUGUUGACGACCCACCAACGGAGGAAGAGUACCUUGCUCUCUGCCUCAUCAUGCUCGCCCGCGGCACCACCGCCGACGCAGAUGCUGAGCUGCCUCCUCAGCCGCCGUCUCUGAAGCUCUCUUACAAGUGCUCUGUCUGCAACAAGGCCUUCUCUUCUUACCAAGCCCUCGGCGGCCACAAGGCCAGCCACCGCAAAUCAGACUCCUCUGCGGCUUCCGCCGCCGUCAACUCCACCGACAACCCGUCAACCGCCACCGCCACUACAAGCGGUAGGACCCAUGAGUGUUCUAUUUGUCACAAGACUUUCCCCACCGGCCAGGCCCUGGGAGGCCACAAGCGCUGUCACUACGACGGCGGCAGCGGCGCAACCAGUGCCCUCACCACGUCAGACGGCGGAGGCGCUGGGGCCUCCAGCCACAGCCACAGUCAAAGUCAGAGUCACCAGAGUCAACGCGGCUUCGACCUGAACCUUCCGGCGUUGCCGGAGUUCUGGCCGGGGUUCGGAGGACACAAGAAAAGUCAACUAUCUGUCGAGCAGGAGGUGCAGAGUCCGAUGCUGGGGAAGAAACCGCGGUGGCUGUUGGGUCGAGAUUGAUUUGGGAGAAUAUUUACGUGAAUUACAAGCUCAAUAGCCAUAGCCUAGCUGCAUGUUUUUACUUUUUUUACUUUUUUUUUCUUUUUUUUCUUUUAAUGAGUUGUUGCAUGCUGUACAGAGUAUUCAAUUCGUUCAUUGUUUUGUGAACAAUGGUUUUAGUCUCCGAUUGGUUACUUAAUAUUUUAUCAUCAAUUCGAUUUGGGUAUUAUUUUUGACUCAUCGUUUUGUUACAUAAUCAUAAUGAAUUUAUCUUUUCUUCCGAGUA